GAGUUGUCUAUUUCAAGAAUAGAUUGGAUCUAUCCGGCUGCACUUUAGAAUAUUUUUAGUAUUUUUUUUGAUAAAUAAGAAAAGGUGCACGAUCUCGACGAAUUACUUCUGAAUAACUUCAGAAAUCAUAUGGAAGAACCAUAGCAUUUCGCGAUUCAUUGGUAAAUUUACUUUGAUUCUCUAUAGACCAAUAAUGUGAGACCAUUAACACGGUUAAAGCUAAACUGCUUGAAGUCCGGGCAAAAAGGGGUACUCUUUCUACAACUACAUUAGUAUUAGUCUCGAAAUGCUUUAAACGGGAAAUAGCUAGUGUAGAAUUUAUCUGAUAUAGAACACUCAUAUCGAUAAAAUAGUUUGAACUAUUUACUAGAAGGGCACGCAGCCCUUUUUCCAAUGCCAAAUCGACGACCUAUGUAUAAAAAAAAGAGAAAUUUUUUGGAUUUGAAGAAAAAAUAAAAGGAAUUCUAUCAAUUUUUAUUUUCCAUUUAUUUAGUUAGUUUUUCUUAAUGAAAUUGAAAUUAUUAACUAACAGAGCAAACACAAAUAAAGAAACAACUUUGCUGACCAUGAUAGAUUUUUAUCUAGUUGGAAGAGUCCUCUUAAUAUUCAUCUAGUCUUAUAUAAGUUUGGGUAUAUAGAAAUACAAACAGAAAAGAGAGGAUAGAGGAUAGGCUCAUUACAUAAAAAAAAGAUAUGGAAAUAGCCAUAAUACAUAACAAAAAAGAAAAAAAGGAGCGGGAGAGCCAAAUGAAUCGAAAGAUUCAUGUUUGGUUCGGGAAGAGAUCAUAAAAAUUGUAAACUUAAUAGCAAGAUAAUCUACUUUCAUUAAAAGAUUUAUUAGAUAAUCGAAAACAGAGGAUUUUAAGUACUAUUCGAAAUUCGGAAGAAUUGCGUAAAGGGACCCUUGAACAACUCGAAAAAGCUCGUAUUCGAUUACAGAAAGUCGAACUGGAAGCAGAUGAGUAUCGAAUGAAUGGAUACUCUGAAAUAGAACGAGAAAAAGAAAAUUUGAUUAAUGCUACUUCUAUUAGUUUGGAACAAUUAGAAAAGUCUAAAAACGAAACCCUUUAUUUUGAAAAACAAAGGGCGAUGAAUCAGGUCCGACAACGGGUUUUCCAACAAGCUGUACAAGGAGCUCUAGGAACUCUGAAUAGUUGUUUGAAUACCGAGUUACAUUUCCGUACGAUUCGUGCUAAUAUUGGCAUUCUCGGGGCCAUAGAAUGGAAGAGAUAAUUCAAUUUAUUAGGUUUUGAACUUCUACUUUUGUUUAGAAUUUAGGCAUUAUUUUUCCCUUGCUUCCAAAAAAAAAAAAAUUAAAGAAACACUAAUGGCAACCCUUCGAGUCGACGAAAUUAAUAAAAUUCUCCGCGAACGUAUUGAACAAUAUAAUAGGAAAGUAGGGAUUGAGAAUAUCGGUCGCGUAGUGCAAGUGGGGGAUGGGAUUGCUCGUAUUAUAGGUCUUGGUGAAAUAAUGUCAGGUGAAUUAGUCGAAUUUGCAGAAGGGACGAGAGGUAUUGCUCUGAAUUUGGAAUCUAAAAAUGUUGGGAUUGUAUUAAUGGGCGAUGGGUUGAUGAUACAAGAGGGAAGUUUUGUAAAAGCAACAGGAAGAAUUGCUCAGAUACCCGUGAGCGAGGCUUACUUGGGUCGUGUUAUAAAUGCUCUCGCUAAACCUAUUGAUGGGAGAGGCGAAAUUGUCGCUUCAGAAUCUCGCUUAAUUGAAUCUCCUGCUCCGGGUAUAAUUUCUAGGCGUUCCGUAUAUGAACCCCUUCAAACAGGGCUUAUUGCUAUCGAUUCGAUGAUCCCCAUAGGGCGCGGUCAGCGAGAGUUAAUUAUUGGGGACAGACAGACUGGCAAAACAGCAGUAGCCACAGAUACAAUUCUCAAUCAAAAAGGUCAAGAUGUAAUAUGUGUUUAUGUAGCUAUCGGUCAAAGAGCAUCCUCCGUGGCUCAAGUAGUAACUACUUUCCACGAAGAGGGGGCCAUGGAAUACACUAUUGUAGUAGCUGAAAUGGCGGAUUCACCCGCUACAUUACAAUAUCUCGCUCCUUAUACGGGAGCAGCCCUGGCUGAGUAUUUUAUGUACCGCGAACGGCAUACCUUAAUAAUUUAUGAUGAUCUCUCCAAACAGGCACAAGCUUAUCGCCAAAUGUCCCUUCUAUUAAGAAGACCUCCCGGCCGCGAAGCUUAUCCAGGGGAUGUUUUUUAUUUGCAUUCACGCCUUUUAGAAAGAGCCGCUAAAUUAAAUUCUCUUUUAGGCGAAGGGAGUAUGACCGCUUUACCAAUAGUGGAGACUCAAUCUGGAGACGUUUCCGCCUAUAUUCCUACUAAUGUAAUUUCAAUUACAGAUGGACAAAUAUUCUUAUCCGCGGAUCUAUUCAAUGCCGGAAUUCGACCUGCUAUUAAUGUGGGUAUUUCAGUUUCCAGAGUAGGAUCCGCAGCUCAAAUUAAAGCCAUGAAACAAGUAGCUGGCAAAUCAAAAUUGGAACUAGCUCAAUUCGCAGAAUUACAAGCCUUUGCACAAUUCGCCUCCGCUCUGGAUAAAACAAGUCAGAAUCAAUUGGCAAGGGGUCGACGAUUACGGGAAUUGCUUAAACAAUCCCAAUCAAACCCUCUCCCAGUGGAAGAGCAGGUAGCUACUAUUUAUACCGGAACGAGAGGAUAUCUUGAUUCGUUAGAAAUUGAACAGGUAAAGAAAUUUCUGGAUGAGUUACGUAAACACCUAAAAGAUACUAAACCUCAAUUCCAAGAAAUUAUAUCUUCUAGUAAGACAUUCACCGAGCAAGCAGAAACCCUUUUGAAGGAAGCUAUUCAGGAACAGCUUGAACGGUUUUCCCUUCAGGAACAAACAUAAAUAUAGCAUGUCUACUCUUAUUAGUAUAACUCGUGUUAGUAGAAGAGGAAUCAAAGAUUUUUCAUUUGAAUCAUGCAAAAUUUUUUUUCGUUUUUAGUAUAGUUAUUUAAAGAAUAGAUAGAAAAAAGAUUGCGUCCAAUAGGAUUUGAACCUAUACCAAAGGUUUAGAAGACCUCUGUCCUAUCCAUUAGACAAUGGACGCUUCUCUUUCUUAUUUUAUUCUUUCUUUUUUAUAUUUCAGAGAAAUAAUAAAAAACUGUUAGACCGAAACUCUUUUAGGAAAGAAAAACAAAUCCAUAUACCAUAUACAAAUGGAUGAUACAUAUAUCAUAAAGAAGGAAUAUGGAGCAGGUAGUCAGUAUCGAACCCGUAACCCCAAGGUUAUGAGCUUUGUGAGCUACCAAACUGCUCCACCUUCUUAGCGGGAAACUAGUGGGUUGGAUAGGCCCCUCUACCAUAUCUAUACAAAUAGAAUAGUCCAUUUAUACAGAAUGGUAAAGAGGGCUCUUCUACGAUCAUCAAUUCGAGAAAACCAUACAAAUAUGAAAGAAAGGGUAUUUUAUCCUUACCAACUGGAUCUUGUUGCACCCGGUAACAAACAUGCAUAAACCAUUUCUCGAAGUAUGUGUCCGGAUAGCCCAAAGUCUCGAUAGUUAGCUCUAGGUCUUCCGGUUAAAAAACAACGUCGAUGAAGGCGUGUAGGUGCACUAUUACGUGGUAGGGAUUGCAAUUUUUCUUGCAUUUUUGUUUUUUCGCUCAAACUCAAAGGGGAAACUUUGCUUCUUAUCUUUUUUUUUGAGGAUCGACGAAUCAAAUGAUAUUUUUGUUCUAAUUUCUGCCGCUUCUUCUCCCUCUGAAUCAAACUUUUUUUUGCCAUAAUGUGCCGUUCCUAUUAUUACCAAGUAUAUGGUUCUAAUCCUAGAUAGAAAAAUAAAUAGCAAAAAUCUAAAAAGGCGGAUCCUCCCUCUCCAUCAAGAGUAAUGAACUGGGUUCUGAUACAGUA